AUGCCUCACACUCCAAAACCCCCCAUAAAGUCACACCCUCCACCCAAACGCAACGCCAGGAGGUUCAGUCCAGCUGGAGUGAAGAGGCACUCUGUGAACUCAAACAAACCCAAAGGGCCACCCGCUCACAGGAGAAAACAAAAGACCAGAAAGCUCUCAUCAAAGAACCAGCAGACUAAACUGGUGCAGAGCAAUGUUGUCAGGCCAGCAGGUUUGCCAACUCGAGUAAGCACAAGAAAUACCCAGAAUUCCUUGAGAGUGACAGCUGUCGUUCAGCUCAGGGGAUCUCAUAGGUCCCUGAACAAGUAUGGGUCAUUUACGGACCUUGCUGGCCGGAGGAAGUCCCCUCAGGGAAGUCAGUUAAUCCAUAGUUUCCCACAGGAAGUGAAGCUUAACCAUAGGGGCCGUGCAUCUGUAGGGAAGAGCAGGAAGAUCAAGCAGCAGGACACUCAGAAUGUUCCAGAACUCUGUGACAUCGAAGGAAAUGACCAACAACAAAAGACGAUUAUUCCCAAUGGAGAGGCAGUAACUGAGAACACAGAAAAACUAGCCACCGAUACUAACAACAAGGAGGUGGGUGAGGGGGCAGAGGGCACGACCCAAACGUCUGAAAGCCAGGCCGGCUCUGCAUCGCCUGAAAAGACAAACACGACUGACGCUAAUGAUGCAGCAGAGGAGCCAUCUGAAAAAGUUGAACCCGAUCACGCAGCUGAAAUGGAUUUUACAAACGAUACCUCAGUUCCGGCUGAAGACGAGAGCAUGCCGUGUGGCGGCUCUGAUUCUAGUCAGGUUGAGGAGGACAGCCAAAGUGUUAUACGCGGUCCAGAGCUACUUUCCCCUUCUGAUGACUCAUCUGAAACCGCUGUAGAUAACUCCAUUCAACCUGAUGACCACACUGCAAGUGAAUCCCGUGAAGAACCAGCAACACUUAACAAUGUGAGAGACUUGCCCUUCGAGGAGGAGUUUGGGAAGACUCAAAACCCCAUAACUGCAGAGACCAAAGAUUGGACCAGCUCUUCAGAAAUGUGGAGGGAUAGUGAGGGGGCUUUAUCUCUGCUCGCUCUGAGCAUGGCUGUCUACACACCUCAGCCAGACCUUAGUUUGGGACCCAAAGCGUCACCCUGUCCUGACGGCUUUCUCCCUAGUAGCACUGAAAGCACGCAGUCUUCAGCCGAUUGGGAGUCAGAGACGGGCAGCUCUGAACAGGUACAUGAACCAGGGGUCACGGCUGCCCCUCCACCCAUGCAGGGAGGGACGCAGGGAUCCCUGGUGGAGGCGGAGGGGCGGGGUAGGCGGAGGAAGAAGAGGAGUCGCUGUGGAGCGUGUGAACCGUGUCGCCGUGAAACCAACUGUGGAGAGUGUAGCUGCUGUGUAAGGCGUCAGACCAGCCAUCAGAUUUGCAAACUCAGGAAAUGUGUUGAGCUGAAGAAAAGACCUAUCCUUCUACAGAACGCUGAGGUGGAGUGCAAGGACAUCGCCAAACCCACGACAAAGAAACGAGUUUCCAAGGUUGAGUCAGAGAGAAUCUCAGCAAAUGGCUGCAGUUCUGCACAGAUGGAACACACCUCCUCCAAUGAGGCACAGGAGGAUGAGGAGCACGAUCUUCCUCAAAAACAUCCUGUUCCAGCUGAUGCUCCUCCACCAGUCUCAAACACACCUCCUGAGAGAGACCUCAGGUCAUCUGACUGCGAAGAUGUAUUUCUUCUCCACCACGCUCCUUCAACAGUUCAUCAUGGUGCUGAAAACCUGGAGCCACGCAGCAAGGGACAAGUCAGCUCUGCUGAUCCACAGUCACAAACAAACACAACCGAAGUCAUGCUCACCAAAUCCAAACUUGACACACUGCCAGAACAAACAGUCCCACUGAAAAGAAUAAAAAUGGAAGAACAGCAGGCUUUGGCGAAUGACCAAAGUUCAACACACGUACAGAACACUGAGAGCUGUGAAGAUGCCUUGUCCACUUUAGCUGCUGUGGUCUGCUACUCUAUCACUGACAGAAAACGCUUAGAAGAGAAAAUUUAUGGUGCUCGGACUUCUGCUGUGUGCACGUUAGAAAUCGACUUAGAUGAGAAGUCACAUAAGAGUCACUCGCUCCAAGGGGCGACGUUCCGCGGUCAAAAGCAUGGUGACACUCAUCAUCAGAAAGAUCACACCACUUUGUCUCUGCCCAGUGUCCUAUCGCUAAUGGAGCAGAAGAAUAUUAGCGAGGCUCAGGCCAUUGCCAUAGAAGCCUUGACUGAGCUGGCAGCUAUACCACAAACAGUGCCCUUAAAAACAGAGAACCAUGGGCUAGGCCAGCAACCACAGACUAUACCAUUUCCAAACUUUGCGUCAAGUACGUUUGUCCCUCACCAAGAGGCUAAAUCUGCAUCAGAAAUUGUUUCUAACAAGGUCUCUGUGAUCAGCUCAGCCCUGCAUCACACCUCUGUUAUCCGCAGCCCUCUUAGCAGACAAGCCAGUUUUUCCCAGGCUCAUUACAACAGUCCUGUUCCACCCAAACAAUGUCUGCAGGACCUCCUGACAGCCAGUUCAGAAUGUGAAAAGCUCUCGUUUUCUCCUGAGAGAGGUGCUACCAAGAGAGCUGAUCAGGCACUUUGCAAAUCAACAAAAUCAGAUGGCACUUUCAAGCGAUAUAAAAACAUUGAAUGGACGCUGAAUUCCAGGAAGAAAGAUGAGGAAGAGGUCGCUGCCCAGUUGGUGGAGCUCGCUUUCAUGAUUGAAUCCCGACACAAGCAGGCACCCUUAGCCCACCUUUCCAAGCAAACCGAAAAUAACCCACCUAAAGGAACACCAAUUCACACCAUCAAGUACCACCAUCGCUCAUUGGGGCAGAACCCCAAAACCCCAAGAAAAAUGAGAACUACACCUCCAAAACCCAGAAUAUCAAAGAAAAAGGCAGGAGAGAUUGAGGGAGACAGCCAUAGGAUUCCUUUAGCCAGAAGAACGGCCAAUGGGAAGACUCCCAUCAAGUCAAAGAUACAAAGAAUUCUCUCGCAGAACAAAGCCAGGCUAAACCACAAGAGGAGUCCGUUUCUUCCGCGGGCUCAGAUUGAUCUGAAGAAAUAUAUAGCUGAAGCUCAGCAGGAGAAAAGGCAGCUGUUUCAUUACAGCAACGCUCAUAAAAAAGACACCCUCUUUAGCUCUGAUUUCAAACCUGCACAAACAUUUCUAAAUCAUUCCCAUAUUAACCACUCCAUGACAAAUGGUCACCAAGGUACUGUCCAGGCCCAGAGGCAUGAAUGUGAAGGACGUUUGAAUUCUCAGGUAUCUCAACCCCGUGAUGUGCUAACCAACGGUGCUAAACCUCUUUCUAUGCCUAGUGUCCUCAGUACAGAUUCAACAAAUGGCACAGUAAUGCACAACACAUCCAAUAGUUUCACAUAUGACCAACAACCAAGUCCUGUGAAACAGGAGGGAUGUUACAAAUUGGAGACAUCUGGUUCCGUCACCGUUUUGUCCACAUCGACUGUCAAUUUAGGAAAUGGCAAUUCAGACUUCCCUAGCGAUCAUACUCCCAAACAUUCUCUGAACAACUUUCUGGAAUCUCCUCUCAGAUUCUUGGAUCCUCAGACCAAGAAUCUAAUCAACACACCCUCUAAGAAGAACCAGGAAUUCCCCUCCUGUGACUGUAUGGAGCAAAUCAUUGAGAAAGACGAGGGGCCCUAUUAUACACACCUUGGAUCAGGGCCAAGUGUGGCAGCCGUCAGAGAGAUGAUGGAGGACAGGUAUGGUGAGAAGGGAAAAGCUGUGAGAGUGGAGGUCGUGGUCUACACAGGGAAAGAGGGGCGGAGCUCCCAGGGCUGUCCAAUCGCCAAAUGGGUUAUUCGGCGGAGCAGUGAAGAGGAGAAGUUACUGUGUUUGGUCCGGAGACGUGCAGGUCACUCCUGUGAGAAUGCUGUCGUGGUUAUAUUGAUCUUGGCCUGGGAGGGAAUUCCUCGUUCGCUGGCUGACUCUCUGUACCAGGAGCUCACACAGACGCUCUGCAAAUACGGAUCACCAACCAGCCGCCGCUGUGCCCUGAAUGAAGAUCGUACAUGUGCAUGUCAGGGUUUGGACCCUGAUACCUGUGGAGCCUCGUUCUCGUUUGGCUGUUCCUGGAGUAUGUACUUCAAUGGCUGCAAAUUCGCCCGUAGCAAAGUUCCCCGAAAGUUCAGACUCCAGGGAGAUUACCCAGAGGAGGAAGAGAAGCUAGAGAAGAACCUACAGGGCUUAGCCACCGAUCUGGCUCCUCUGUAUAAGAAACUGGCUCCAGAUGCCUUUCAGAACCAGGUGGCGCAGGAGUGGUCCGGUCAGGACUGUCGGUUAGGUCAGAGGGAAGGGCGGCCAUUUUCAGGUGUGACGGCGUGCGUGGACUUCUGUGCCCAUGCUCACAGAGACACACACAACAUGACCAAUGGAAGUACAGUGGUUUGCACUUUAACAAAGGAGGAUAACCGGGCAGUGAGGAAUAUUCCAGAAGACGAGCAACUUCACGUGCUGCCUCUGUAUAAAAUCUCAGAGGUGGAUGAGUUUGGCUGUGUGGAGGGGCAGUGGGAGAAAAUGAAGACUGGGGCUCUGCAGGUCCUGUCCGCUUUUCCCCGAGAGGUGCGCAUGCUCGUGGAGCCCGUCAAAUCAGCCCGCAGAAAAAGACUGGAGGCCAAAAGAGCACAUGCUGAAAAAAUGAAUGAACGAGAGAGGAAAACCCCUGUGAAAGUGAAGAACGAGUCUGUUAAAGGUUUCAAAAGCACUUCUGCUGCAUCAUCGGUGCUGUUUAAAACAGAGUCAGAGAAUUACUGUAUCCCUGCAGGGUUGCCCGGGACUGCAAGUGUGGGAAGUUUCUCUUUCCAUGCUGAUGCCUCUCACAGUUACAACCAGAGCGGCACCCAUUCCCAUGGGCAAGUUCCCAGCAGCCCACACAAACCAGCACUUCAGUCUCCCCAGCCCAACAUCCCUCACCUACCUUAUGGCUCUCUUGGAACCUCAGAACUCCAGAACCAUGGCUCCCCUGCCCUCACACAUGCCGCAGAGCAAGAAGCCCUGAGAUGGAAAUAUCCAGAAUUCUCUGAGCGGACUCCACCUAGACCUUCACAGCAGCCCCAGAACACUUUCCCAGGUUUCCAUGACUACAGUCACACCUUUAAGGCAGAGCCUAGUGAGAUGCCCUGUUCGUUGAUUGGAGAAGCUCCCAAAGUGCUCCAGCCUCCUGUAGAUGAGGGUCUUCAUAGCAGACUCAAUGGCUACACCCCUCCUGUGACCUCACAAGUUCUGACACCGGUGGGGGAGGUGAAAACGGAGGAGGUGUGGUCAGACAGCGAGCAUAAUUUCCUGGACAGUGAGAUUGGUGGGGUGGCAGUCGCACCCUCUCAUGGCUCAAUCUUGAUAGAAUGUGCGCGUCGGGAGCUCCACGCCACCACGCCUAUCCUGAAACCAAACCGUGCCCACCCUACACGAAUCUCACUCGUCUUCUACCAGCACAAGAGCCUGAACGAGCCAGGACACGGCAUCGCCCAGUGGGAGGCUAAGAUGGCUGAACGGGCCCGUGAGAGAGAGGAGGAGGCGGAGCGACUGGGACUCAGUCCAGGAAUGGCCAAUAGGAUGCGGGCAGCUGAGAGCGAGACGGAAAGCGAGGACGAGACUAGUCAGGACGUCAAGAACGGAGUAGAGGUGCCCACACGCCGGUCGCUAACGGUUACACGUGACGGGUUAAUCAUGGCUUGUCCAUAUGCCCUCACGCAGGUCACCGGACCCUACAACCACUGGCUCUAAUGAGCCCAA